AUGGCGGGAUACCAGCUCUGGUCGCCGUGGACCCCUCUGGACGAGAGCUUCCAAUGGCUGCGGCACACAACACCCACCCCUUCAUCCAAGCACCCCUUUCGGGCUUCCCCCUGCCUGCCACACACCCCUUCUGACCUUGAGGUUCAGCUGUGCUUUCAAGAGGUCACUCUAGUCCUGGACAACCAGCUCCUGGAGACCGGGGCGAGUCCCCAGCUGCCCUGCCACACGUCAGAGCUCCGGCCGGCCACCGCCAAGAAGGGGCUGGUCCGCAAGCCACAGCCCAUCCGCCUCAGGGGAGUGGACUCUGUCUUUGGCAGAGUGGUCACCGCUCAGCCACCUAAGUGGACGGGGACCUUCAGAGUCUCGGACAGGUCAGCCUUCUGCAAGAUCAUCAGCAGAGAGCACCAGUGGCCCACCGGGCUGAAGGAGCCGCAGAUCCAGAUGACGGUGGCCAUGUGUAAGCAGAUGCUGCGGUCCAUCCUGCUGCUCUACGCCACCUACAAGAAGUGCACCUUUGCCCUGCAGCACUCCAAGUAG